UAAUACACGGUUCUGAAUCUCUCUGCUGAUUUUUCGUCGCCGGAGCCGGAGCUCGGCGGCUUCUAGGGCCACUGAACGCUCCAAUUCCCUAACAUGGCGACCGUCGGCGUCCUAGCAUUGCAGGGAUCUUAUAACGAGCACAUCGCAGGCAUUUUCUCCUCCUCCUCCUUCCUCUUUAUCGCUAGCUCCAUCUCUUUGAGAAGGCUCGGAGUGAAGAGCGUAGAGAUAAGGAAGCCCGAGCAGCUUCUUGAUGUAGCUUCUCUGAUUAUUCCUGGAGGGGAAAGCACCACCAUGGCCAAACUGGCGGAGCUCCAUAAUUUGUUCCCCUCUCUGCGAGAGUUUGUCAGAAUGGGGAAGCCUGUCUGGGGCACCUGUGCUGGGCUUAUCUUUUUGGCAAACAAAGCUACUGGACAGAAAACCGGUGGACAGGAGCUUGUUGGAGGGCUGGAUUGUACAGUUCACAGAAACUUCUUUGGCAGUCAGCUUCAAAGCUUCGAAACGGAGCUAUCAAUUCCAGAGCUCGUGUCCACGGAAGGGGGUCCAGAAACAUUCCGUGGAGUUUUCAUCCGAGCUCCUGCAAUUCUUGAUGUGGGGCCAGAAGUACAAGUGCUGGCUCACUGCCCUGUCUCUUCAAACUCUACCUUGCAUUCAAAUUCCUCUGGUGAAGGCAAAGAGGAAAAAGGUGCAGAAGACAAAGUGAUUGUAGCAGUCAGGCAAGGGAACUUGCUCGCAACUGCCUUCCAUCCCGAACUAACAUCAGAUAAUAGAUGGCACAGUUACUUUCUGAAGAUGGCUGGUGAUGUUGAAGGAUCUUCAAGUAGCAUAGCAAGCAUAGGAGUUGACAAUUUGAGAUUCGAACGAUCGAACAUCGACCUUCCGAUUUUUCUUUAGCUUAAACCAAAUGAACCCCUCCUCAACUCAGUUUUACAUUUUUCAAGUUUCAUUGCAGGUUCAAUCUCUUAUCUAUUCUGUAAUUUGCACCAUGCUUUAUCCUCCUUAUAGGAGAUGCUUCACCAAAGUAUUCACGUUUACGACGCAUUAAUUUAAAGAAUAAUAUCUGAAUUA